UUCGCUGAAAUAGAAAGGAUUCGGGAAAAUGAAGGGAUCUGGACCUCUUGUUGCGACUGUGAUCGCUGCUUCCACGGUGACUCUCACCUCAUCUUCGUCCACUGGAGUCCCACAUGUUUCUUUUUCUCCGAUAUCCUCCAACAAGGAGUCACCGAACGGAGCGUCGAGGAAGUGUACGGCGUCGGAAAGGGAGAAAUUCGCGCCACGAUUUGAUGGGUUGAAGUUCAUAGAGACGUUGGUCACAGCCCACAGAUAAAA